AUGGAGAAGAAGCAGAAUAGAACCAGUGAAGUAUGGAUUCCUCCAAAGACAGGAAACUUCAAGAUGAAUUUUGAUGGAGCUAGCCGAGGCAACCCCGGUAAAUCUGGAUACGGUGCCAUUAUAAGGAAUGAAUUUGGCAAUUUUGUAGGGGCAAAAUAUGGUUCACUGGGAAUCAAUACAAACAACAUGGCAGAAUUGGUGGGAUUACUAGUUGGACUAGAAUGGUGUGUGGCACAUGGCAUUCAGGAUGUAGAAGUUGAGGGAGAUUCACAAAUUAUCCUAAAUGGGAUUUCAAAUCAGAAUUUUGAAAACUGGAAAUUGGAGGUGGUACGACCAAAAAUCCAAAAAAUAAGUGAAAGUUUAAACAAUUUCACCCUCAAACACAUCUACCGAGAGGGCAACUCGGCAGUGGACUGGCUGGCUAACAGAGGAAUCAAAUGUGAUGACUCAAUAUAG